CCCACUGGGCCUCCCACAAGACAUUCACCUCCAGCCUUGUUUGGAAGCAAGUAAGAUCAAGACAUCAUGGCCGUUCUCAAGCGUGGCAGAAGAUCUCAUGGCAGAAGAAGGUCUGCCAGAAAAGCCCAUGGAAGAAAAACCCAUGCCAAAAGAUCCCAAGGAAGAACAACCCAUGGAAGAAUAAGCCAUGGAAGAACAACCCAUGGAAGAACAACCCAGGGAAGAACAACCCAGGGAAGAACAACCCAGGGAAGAACAACCCAGGGAAGAAUAAGCCAAGGCAAAACUACCCAUGGAAGAACAAGCCAAGGCAGAACUACCCAUGGAAGAACAAGCCAAGGCAGAAGAACCCAUGGAAGAAUAAGCCAAGGCAGAACAACCCAAGACAGAACAACCCAUGGAAGAAUAAGCCAUGGAAGAACAACCCACGGCAGAACAACCCAUGGAAGAAUAAGCCAUGGAAGAACAACCCAUGGCAGAACAACCCAUGGAAGAAUAAGCCAAGGCAGAACAACCCAUGGAAGGACAACCCAAGGAAGUAAAAGGAGGACUCAGGGGACUCGGAGACAAUCUACAAUAGGACACAAGCGCAGAUACCACUAUUACUACAGGAAUAUGCGGGUGUAGAGGAACGAAGUGAUCUUCUCUCCUGACCCAUCCUCUUGUGUAGUAUCCAAGCCGACCUAUGACCUUUAUAACCUGUCACCAAAUCCACCGCAGGAAAUAAAAACCCUGAGCAGAAA